CCAUAGUUGAAAAUAGGUAACUGUGCGCACUCCACGCUUCUUUCUAAUAAAUCUGUUGUUGGUCCUGUCUCGGCCAAUCAGAAUCAUCCACGUAGAACUACGUAGUAUACGAAACAUGGCGCUCUCCUGUACAUGUCUAAUCCGGUCAACUAUGGCCCAACAUUGGCAUGUUGUUCUUUAUUGUAUAUGUUUAAUAUACAGCGUGGUAGCUGUUAGUAGAGAAAAUUUCAAAACCUGUGAGCAAAGUGGCUUUUGCAAGCGCCAAAGAGCAGUGGAAGCUGGUCAUUCCUCAUACGCUGUACUGCUGGAUUCUUUGGAUUUAAAACCUUCAAGUAUAACUUUGCAACUUGUUAACAGAAAAAACAAUGUACGCUUUAAACUUGAGCUCUAUGCUCUGGCACAUAAUAUGGCUCGCAUAAAAUUAAACGAGUUCUCCCCAUUAAAAUCUCGAUAUGAAAUUCCUAUUGGAGAUACUUUAAUAAAGGAACCAGUUUUGCAGAACCUGAAAUUAGUAUCUAAAGACAAAAAUAGUUUAAUUCUAUCGUUUGAAACAAAUCAUGUAGUCAUCACAGCCGAACCAUUCCGGAUUGACUUUCUCACAAAUGACCAUCCUGUUUUAAGCAUUAACAGCCAAGGUUUAUUUAAGUUUGAACAUUUACGACAAAAACAAGAUGCUAAUCCUGCUGAGCCUCCACAAGAAGGGGGUGAAUCUAAUGAAGAGAAAAAGGAAAAUACUCAAGAGGAAUCUAAAUCUGAACCUGAGGAACCAGAUAUGUGGGAAGAAACCUUCAAGUCUUUCACUGAUUCUAAACCAAAUGGUCCCACAUCAGUUGGUAUUGACAUCUCUUUCCCUGGCUUUGAAAAUGUUUAUGGCAUUCCAGAACAUGCUGACAGUUUUGCACUAAAGUCUACAAAAAGCACCGAUCCCUAUCGGCUUUACAACUUGGAUGUGUUUGAAUAUGAAUUAUACAAUCCUAUGGCUUUAUAUGGCAGUAUUCCUGUUAUGUUGGCUCAUAAUGAAGAGAGAACCGUUGGGGUUUUUUGGCACAAUGCAGCAGAAACCUGGAUUGACAUCACUUCAAAUGUUGCUGAUAAGAAUUUAUUUAAGAAGAUGAUGGAUUAUGUGAAAGGUGACCAGGAAAUACCACAGACAGAUACUCAUUGGUUCUCUGAAAGUGGUAUCAUUGAUGUGUUUGUAAUGCUGGGACCAAAACCAAGAGAUGUAUUUUAUCAGUAUUCACUACUCACUGGAACCACACCACUUCCACCAUUAUUUGCUUUGGCCUAUCACCAGUCACGCUGGAACUAUAAUGAUGAAGAAGAUGUCAAAAAUGUAGAUAAUAAUUUUGAUGUUCAUGACAUUCCUUAUGAUGUGCUUUGGUUGGACAUUGAACACACGGAUGGUAAAAGAUACUUCACUUGGGACAGUGCAAAAUUUCCAAAUCCUGAAGACAUGGUACGGAAUUUGUCUUCAAAAGGCAGGAAGCUGGUAAAUGUUGUUGAUCCUCACCUGAAAAGAGAUGAUGAUUAUUCAAUCUACAAAGAAGGAAAGGAGAAAGACAUUUUUGUUAAAAAUAAAGAUGGUGGUGUCUUUGAUGGGUGGUGCUGGCCAGGAUCAUCCAGCUGGCCCGAUUUCUUGGAUCCAAAUGUACGUGAGUGGUGGGCUAGUAAAUUUGAUUUCAAAGAAUACAAAGGAAGUACAAAGGAUGUUUUUAUAUGGAAUGACAUGAACGAGCCAUCUGUAUUCAAUGGCCCAGAGAUUACCAUGCCGAAAGACUUAAUCCAUGUGAAUGGAUGGGAACAUCGUGAUAUUCACAAUAUAUAUGGAAUGCAUGUACAUCGUGCAACAAUGGAAGGUAUUCUUGCAAGAUCAAAUUAUCAAGAACGUUCAUUUGUUCUUACAAGGGCAAUAUUUGCUGGUUCUCAAAGAUAUGCUGCUGUCUGGACUGGUGAUAACACAGGUGAAUGGGGUCACUUGAAAAUGUCUGUACCAAUGAUGCUGUCACUGAAUGUUGCUGGGAUGCCAUUCUCUGGAGCUGACAUUGGUGGUUUCUUCCGUAAUCCCGACCCUGAGUUACUGACACGCUGGUAUCAAGCUGCUGCUUUCCAACCAUUUUUUCGAGCUCAUGCUCAUUUAGAUACUAAGCGUCGAGAACCUUGGUUGCUGCCAGAAAUGAACAAAAACAUAAUCCGAAAUGCUAUACACACUCGUUACACCUUCCUACCAUAUUGGUACACUUUGUUUAGACACAGUGAAAAAUCUGGAAUGCCUGUCAUGAUGCCAUUGUGGGUUGAAUUUCCUGAGGAGUCUUCAAUUUUUAAAACAGAUGAUGAAUAUCUGCUUGGUCCUGCUUUACUGGUCAAACCUGUAGUUGAUCCUGGUGUAGCAUCAACUGAUGUUCACUUUCCUGGCAAAGGAGAGAUCUGGUAUGACAUUAUGAACUUCAAGAGUUUUGCUGGUGGUCAGAGCGUCCAAGUAGAUGCUCCUUUAGAUAAGAUUCCUGUAUAUAUUCGUGGUGGCUUCAUUAUUCCAAGGAAGUAUCGCAUGCGGCGUUCGUCUAUUUUGAUGAGACAUGACCCUUUCUCUUUGAUUGUAUGUCUUGACAGAAAUGAUGUUGCCAAAGGAGAUCUUUAUAUUGAUGAUUAUCAUUCCACAAAAUAUAAACAAGCAGAGUUUGCACAUCAAGAAUUUACAUUUGAAAAAAAUACAUUAUCCACCAAAUUGGUGAAUCCACAGACAACAUAUAGAACUAAAGAGUGGAUAGAAAGAAUAAUAAUUGCAGGUCUGGAGAAACAACCGAUGAAACCAACACUAUCAGUUAAUGGAUCACCAUCAAAAAUUCUUGAAACAAAAUAUUAUACUGAAACCAAAGUAUUAGUAAUUCGCAAACCUGGAGUCAAUAUAAUGGAUAACUGGACAAUAACUCUGGAAUAAAAAUUGGAGAUGAAAGAAAAGGGGAAAGCAUUUUUCCUCUUCAAGAUUUUUUUUCAAAAAUCGUUGUUAUAUAUAUAUAUAUAUAUAUAUAUAUAUCUUGCGAUCAGUAGACAAGG